UCAAGUUCGUUCGCCUUGUGCUGCUACGAUCGGCAGCAUCGGUAGCAGAGCAUAAGAUCAGGUCCCGUUGCUGUGCUACGAGUGUGCACGCGUACUAACGCGAACCAGCGCAGCGUAGCCCAAUUUGGAGUGCACGCAAACACGGCAGUGAUCGUUCAGCGUGUCUUGCGUUUACGCCAAACGUACCUCCGCUUCUAAAUCGUACGUCGCGUACGUUACUAGAGAGUGUGUAUCGUGGAAAAAAAACCGAAAAACAAAAUGACGAUCAACGAGAGGACAUCGCUGCUGCCGAAAGACUACCAGAAGAACUACAUCAUACCGAUACCGCAGGACGACGAGAACAAUAAUGUCAGCGACAGCAACAACAACAACAACAACAACAACAGCACCAUAGACAAUGGCGUACUCCGAGAGUAUGACAGCUUUGCCCUGACGAAAGCUGAGCUGAACAAGUACAUUGACGACCCGUGGUGGAUCCGUAUGCGGUAUGGAUGUUUCGUCACCUGCUGGAUCGUGUGUCUGGUGGCGCUCGCCAUUUCCCUCUACAUAGCAGGCGAUGCAGUGCAGCACGGCAUUUGCGUGACACGUGAGACGGUCACGAACGCUAGUACGCCCGUCGCGGCAGUCAACAUACUGCCGGUCAGCAGCACCGGUGAUACGAGCGGUGAUCAACCGUCGUCCAUCGUCUUUGCGCUGCUCAAUGGACAGCAGGUUGCCUGAAUGCGUUACUCGCCUAAAAGGAUCUGAAGCCCAUUUCGCCAUUUCUUUGCUGUGAUCGGUGUGACUCAGUCUCGCCGCGACACUCUAUUUAUUAUCAAUCGCCGCAAUAUGUAAACUGAUGCGACUAAUUUGUAAAUAGUAGAUCUACUAUCGCACACGCUCAACGCGGGAGAGAAACCUGUUAGAGGCAUGGAGCCAGCCAGCCAUGAUCAGAUGGAAAUGAUGCAAUACUCGAAUGCAAGAUCGUCAUGCUGCCUGAUCGCUCGGUGGCACGGCGAACUCCCUCGAAUGACAUUGACACCGCGUAAUCAAUUGCGUGAAAAUGAUCCCCGCAGCCUUCUGCGUCGUCCAAUUGUUUGACAUUCCACGAGGACACUCGAUCAUUCGAUCGAUCGAAUGGAUUCUGACAGCGACCUUAGCCGGAGGGAGGGGGAUUUUAGGAAUAAAAUAAAAGACAAUAUUCUUUAUACAAAACAACGUAAA